ACACAUCCCACAUAAGACCAGCACACAAUCACGCGAUCACACGAAAACCGAGCGCAACAAGACUGACGAUGUUUCCAAACGAUUCCUGGAUGAUGAUGGUCAAUCAAUCGCCCUCUCCUUCUUCCUCCUCCUCUUGGUCUCGCCACCAGGACAAGCUCUUCGAGCGAGCUCUGGUCGUCAUCCCUGAGGAAACCCCCGACCGCUGGGACAAAAUCGCUGCUCAAGUCCCCGGCAAGUCAUCCUCUGAGGUCCGCCGCCACUACGAGGACUUGGUUCACGACGUGGCGGAGAUCGACUCCGGCCGAGUGGAGUUGCCGCUGUACGAGGACGAGUCCUGCGGCUCCCCCUGGGCCUCCGACUCACGUGCGGGUCAGGUUUCGUUUUCACCGAGGCCUAGGCAGAGCGAGUCGGAGCGGAAAAAGGGCGUGCCCUGGACAGAGGAAGAACACCGGUUGUUCCUGAUCGGGCUACAAAGGUACGGAAAGGGGGAUUGGCGGAGCAUAUCAAGAAAUGCGGUGGUGUCGAGAACACCCACCCAAGUAGCCAGCCAUGCCCAAAAGUACUUCAUGCGGCUAACCUCCGGCAAAAAAGAUAAGAAAAGAUCAAGCAUCCAUGACAUCACUACUGUGGAUACCUCCAACUCCCUGCCUCACUCUAAUACCCAGACCUGGGUGGGAGAAUCUCUUGCAUCUCAAAUCCCCUACUAUGAAGAAGGACCCCCAAGUUUUGGAUUUUCCAUGUAAAAAAAAGAAAAAAAAAAAAAAAAGGCUAUAACUUAUAUAUGCUUUAUAAUUUGUAUAUGUCGAAAAUCUUGUAACUCUAUCCUAUUUGUAGAAUAUAACUACUGUUGACUGACUA